AUUAUAAUCAAAAAAAUAUGUCAGCAUCACCAUCGUUAUCAUUGCAACAAUCCCAAUUUUCACAAUUAUCUUCACAAUUUCUAUAUCGAUUGUCUCAUGAUUUAACGGAACUUUUAGAUGAAGGUGAUGAUUAUAAUGUAUUAAUCGAAGUAGGAGAUUCUCCAAAUAAUAAAGUUUUUAAAUUACAUUCGGUAAUUUUGAGACAUCGAUCGCCUUAUUUUCGAAGAAAGUUAGCCGAUUUUUCGAAUGUUAAUGAUAAAUUUAUAGAAAUUAAAAAGAAGCAUGUUAAAGCUAAUGUUUUUCAGAUUAUUGUUAG